AUGGCCAUUGCGACUAGUGAUGAUGCGCUGGGACGCGGCACCCGGCUUGCUGAGCAGGGGCUUUUCACCGAGGCCCUCGCCGCCUUCCGGAGCCUCUCGCCUGGAGACCCAACAGCGGAACUCAUGGAGGCCAUCGCGCAGUGCGAGCUCAUGCUGGACACGGCAUCGUCGGCGCACCGAGCUGUUGAGGCGGCUCGGCAGGCGGUCGCCCUGGCGCCGGGCGCCACUCUGACGCUGCCCGAGGCGCAGCAGACCUUGGCCCGUGCGUUGGUGAGCGCUUUCCAGCUUCCAGAGGCCAUUGAGACGUACAAGCAGGUCUUGGCGCUUUGCCCCGGUGAUGGGGAAAUUGCUGCGAGCGCCUCGGAGGAGCUCUCCGAGGCGACAGUGGCCUUGGUGGCCCAUGAAAGGCGCUUGGCGACGAUGCCAAAAACAGAGGAAGCUUGGGUGGCAAGGCGGCGGCGGCUCCAGAUGCGUGCGCGAGCAGAGCGGCGGCCCGGCUGGAGUGAGCAGGACUGGAAGGCCCACUCAUUUGCCCGCCUGGAUUUGACUGCCAUCUUUGGCCAUUGCAUGGGCAACAUCACGCGGGUGGACGUGCAUGACGAGAAGUAUACAAGCUUCGGCAAGGAGUUCCAGGAAAGAUCCUCCCCGGCAGUGAUCUGUGGCGCCAUGGACGAUUGGCGUGCGAUGGAGCGCUGGACGAUGGAGGGAUUUGCUUCGGACUUCGGCCAUCAGAGGAUCAUCUGCGACCAUCGGUUCGGUAUACGGAUGCGAUUCGAUGAUUUCCGAGCUUACAUGGCAGAGCAGGAUGACGACACGCCGCUCUAUCUUUUUGAUCACGCCUUUGGCGAGUAUCCGUCAACCAGAUUCCUGGUGGACCAGUACCAGGUGCCAGAGGCCUUCGAGAGCGACCUCUUGGCGGAGCUUGGCCCACUCCGGCCUCCGUACCGCUGGCUUCUACUUGGCCCUCGUAGAUCCGGCAGCGCCUUGCACAAAGAUCCUUUGGGCACAUCGGCAUGGAACGCUCUCGUGUCAGGGAAGAAGCUGUGGGUUCUCUUCCCGCCCUGCACGCCGCCAGAGCUUCUACGCCCAGAGGUGGCAUCGGACUUCAGCGAGGAGUCCGCCUCAUGUUGGUUCCUGCAUUGGUGGAAGAGUGCUCGUGCUCGGGCCUGGCCAGAGCAGUUCAAGCCAAUCGAAUUCUUGCAGGAGCCUGGAGAGGUCGUGUUCGUGCCAGCUCGGUGGUGGCACGCCGUGCUGAACCUUGAGGAUUCCCUUGCGGUCACCCAGAACUUCUGCAACGAGUGGAAUGUGGCGGACGUUUGGAGGUGCACAUCGGCCACCCACCCUGUCUUGGCCCGGCACUUCCGCCAAAGCUUGAAGUCCCAGUGCCCAGAAGCUCGGCCCUUUUAA